GAGUGGUUGCGCAAGCGACGUGGUCAUGGACGUGACUGUGCAGCGAGUGUGGGCAGAGGCUGACAGGCAGCAACACGUAGAAUCAUAAGCACGCCAGGUGGCUCAUAGUCCGUCCAUCACACAGCGAGUCACAGCGGCCGAGGCAGCGCUGUUAAAGAAUCGCGUGCACCACAAAAGAAGUCGGCUGCGUGCAAGUCGCUUCAGGAGUGCCCCUCGCCCCAGCACGAAAAUUUAGACCCCGCCAGCACACGCACAAACACUCUCGACACACCCGACAACCGCGACCAUGUCGUCCAAGGAGCCGCAGCCCAACGACGCCGAGAAGAACAUUGAGAUCUGGAAGGUCAAGAAGCUGAUCAAGCGUCUUGAAGCCGCCCGUGGAAAUGGCACCAGCAUGAUUUCGCUCAUCAUCCCGCCAAAGGAUCAGGUGUCGCGCGCCGCGAAGAUGUUGGCUGAAGAGUUUGGCACUGCCUCCAACAUCAAGUCCCGCGUCAACCGUCUCUCCGUCCUUUCCGCCAUCACCUCCACCCAGCAGCGUCUGAAGCUCUACUCAAAAGUCCCGCCCAAUGGCCUGGUCAUCUACUGCGGUGAAAUCAUCACCUCAGAAGGCAAGGAGCGCAAGAUCAACAUCGACUUUGAGCCCUUCAAGCCCAUCAACACGUCGCUGUACCUUUGCGACAACAAGUUCCACACCGAGGCGCUGAGCGAGCUGCUGGAGUCGGAUCAGAAGUUCGGCUUCAUCAUCAUGGACGGAAACGGAGCCCUGUUUGGCACCCUCUCAGGCAACACGCGUGAAAUCGUCCACAAAUUCUCCGUCGACUUACCCAAGAAGCACGGCCGUGGUGGUCAGUCUGCCCUGCGUUUCGCCCGUCUGCGAGAAGAGAAGCGACACAACUACGUGCGCAAGGUCGCCGAACUGGCAGUCCAGAACUUCAUCACCGCCGACAAGGUCAACGUAGCCGGUAUCAUUCUCGCCGGUUCCGCUGAUUUCAAGAACGACCUGAACCAGUCUGACCUGUUCGACAACCGUCUGCAGUCCAAGGUCAUCAAGGUCGUCGAUGUGUCAUACGGAGGCGAGAACGGCUUCAACCAGGCCAUUGAGCUGUCUGGAGAGACGCUUAGCAACGUCAAGUUUAUCCAGGAGAAGAAGCUUAUCAACGAGUACUUCGAUCACAUCUCCAAAGACUCUGGCAAGGUCUGCUACGGUGUUGAAGAUACUCUGAAGGCUUUGGAGGCCGGUGCAGCCGAAACCCUCAUCGUCUUUGAGAACCUCGAAAUCACUCGCUGGGUGCUCAAGGACUCUGCUGGUGGCGAGAUCAUUCUCCACACCAACAAGACCCAAGAGGCUGACCGGAGCAUCUUCAUGGACAAGGAGACUGGUCAGGAGAUGGAUAUCGUCGAUCAAUCAUCUAUGCUCGAGUGGCUGGCUGAGAAAUACCGCGACUUUGGUGCCACGCUCGAGUUCGUCUCUGACCGUUCCUCCGAAGGCAACCAGUUCGUCAAAGGCUUUGGUGGCAUCGGCGCCAUCCUCCGUUACGCGCUCAACUUCGAGCAGCUCGCCGAUUUCUCCGACGAUGAAGACGAAUUCUACGAUGAUUGACGGUUAUGCGCCCUCGCUGACCGCGAGGCAGAGGCCCCACUCCACGCGUCGAGUGAGGGGACGUCCGCUGCCCGCGUACAUAGUCACAAUGACGCGUUCGCGAUGAAUGCAGGAGCAGUCGAAGCAACGACGCUUCGCCUCUCCAGAUUGUAGAGGAGACAAGGGAGUGCUUAUGGAGGGUUUGCCUGGUAAGCCGACAACGACUGCAUCGAGUGGACGCAAUGCUGAUUUUUAUCUCAGGCCGAUGGAGUGCCCACUCUUACCACGACCCACUCUCACUUUAUUGGAGAGGCUGCAGUUU